CCUUCUAUAAGGUGCAAUCGCGCCAGAGUCUGAUCGACUUCUCGCCGGAAUCCGAAGGAGAGUAGAGAUGGUUACGGCGACAAGAUCGAUCUCCGUGGCCAUCUUAUGGAUAAUUGUCAUCUUCGGAACCCUCGCUCUUAUUCAGAAUCGUUUAAACGAUUCAGACGCUGGGAUUUCUCGCGAGGAGCUAAAUCAGGUUGAGGAUGAUUUGGAAAGAGUGACUCAUAAAGUUUAUUUUGAUAUUCAAAUUGAUGGAAAACCUACUGGUCGCAUAGUCAUGGGCCUUUUUGGGAAAACUGUUCCUAAAACCGUAGAAAACUUUCGAGCUUUAUGCACAGGUGAGAAAGGAAUUGGAAAAGGUGGUAAAGCUCUUCAAUAUAAAGGUAGUUCAUUCCAUAGGAUUAUUCCCAGCUUUAUGAUCCAGGGUGGUGAUUUUACCCGUGGUGAUGGACGAGGUGGAGAGUCAAUCUACGGUGAGAAGUUUGCCGAUGAGAAUUUCAAACUCAAGCACAAUGGCCCAGGAUUACUGUCAAUGGCCAAUGCUGGACCAGACACCAAUGGAUCACAAUUCUUCAUUACCACCGUGGCAACCAGCUGGUUGGAUGGCCGUCAUGUUGUAUUCGGCAAGGUGCUCGAGGGGAUGGAUGUUGUCUACAAGAUUGAAGCUGAAGGAAGUAAGAGUGGGUUGCCCAAAAGUAAAGUUGUCAUUGUGGGUGGUGGAGAAAUACCUUUAUGAUUGAAUCCUCUGUAUUCACGCUUUUGGCAUACAAACUGCAAAAUUUACCAAAUGUUCCACACUGGUUGCUUUAGUUUAUAGGUUUUGUACUACUAAUGUAACCGGCAAGUGCCAGAUUUAAGCUUAUGUAAUACGCUAGAAUAUCAUUUCUUAACAGGCACUUUGAUCUAAAAUCAUUUCUUAUGUCCAUAGUUUUACUUUUGCCAUUUUCAUUGUUGAAAUGAUAAUUACACCAUGUUUUAGGAUCAAAUAAUACAUAACUCUUACAUACAACACUUACACAAUCCUAACAUUUCAUCUUUCCACUAUAAAAGGCUAAAAUUUAUAAUGGAGAAUGAAUGGCUGUGAUUCUCAGUAUAAAAGUAUGAGAGGAUCAUAUCUCUCAUCCACACCUUUAUGGCGACAGGAUUUUGUGCUAUGGAUUCCAAUUGCCCAGGGGAUACACAACCUCCCUACACAUCAAAAUGAAUGCAUACCAUGGCUUGCUGGUCUAUAAAUUACACCCAGAGGCUUCUUUUUAGCACUCUGAAGAGAUAAGAAAGAAAAACUAUAUAUUACACCAAGAGGAUUUUUUUUAGCACUCUGAAAAGAUAAGAAAAACUUACAGGGAAAUGGAUUUCUGUGAACAAGGGAAACACGACGGGAACAAGAAUUCUCAAAUUUGAUCUGGAUACUCAAGAACAUGAAUUAAGAUGUCCUUGACAAAUUAAUGCAAUCAAACGUAUAACAAGAGGUUAAACUGGAAGAAAACCAAUGUUGAGUGCAAUGAAGGAAGGUACAAUCUGCAGAACUCAUGCCAAGUUGUGGCCAAGGCACCUAACAUCCCAAGUUAAGAUACCAAAAAAAUAAAACUUUCUCAAAACCUAUAUGACUGAAGAUUAAAGAUAAAUAAAGAAUCAGCACAGCUUUUCAUAGCAUUUUCAUAGUAACUGAAUCAAUUUUCCAAAAAUUAAAUAGUAUACCUUAAG